ACGUCACAAAUGUUCUUUGUUUCAGUUGCAAACCAAAUAGGAUUCACCAAAAGAGAUCCACUGCAAAAGUGCGAAGUUCAACACAACUCCAUCUCUGACCAGAACCAAUCACCAGAGAGUCAGACACAGAACGCUGCUGGUCAACGAAUGAAUGUAGCGGGUACUCCGCAAGACAUCGACGAAGUCUUCGAAUGCGAGACAUGUGGCAAAACAUUCAAUAAAAUAUUCUACUUUACCUCACAUAUGCAACUACACGAGUACAACUUGAAAAUCGUUGAAACGAAAACAUACUCCUGCGAGACGUGCGGAAAACAAUUUGAGACUAAAAAGCUUUUACGUGAGCACGAGUUGACACACGUAACCCGUGACUACCGUGAGUACUCUUGCGAAUUUUGCGGUAAAACGUUUGGUUAUAUGUAUCAACUGACGAGUCAUACAAGAGUUCACACGGGUGAGAAACCAUACAAGUGCACAAUGUGUACAAGACGAUUCGCGUGGACUAGCAGUUUAGCUUGCCACGAACGAUCGCACACUAGACAGAAACCGGAUGUUAGCAAUGUGUGCGAUAAGGGCUUUGGAUAUUACAGAAUGGAUGACCACCGCUUGCCUAAAGCUGUCCUCGACUCGAUGAUCGAUCGAUACGAGUUGGCAGUGGGUAAGCGGAAGCGCGGUGGUCAGCACCUGCUCAACAAGGACGUACGACAUCUGAGCGCUUGCGCCAACGACCCUGAGCGUUGGGAGGAUAACCGCCUCACAAGCCUAGACACAAAACGCCAAUUACAGAAGAUACCUAAGCCCUCCUACGUGUAUUCGCUCAACGAAGCUGGCCAAUUUUAUUGUCACAGGUGCAACAGAGUAUUUAAGACCAAGGUCGGCCUAUCCAGCCACAUAAGGGCUCACGUCAUGUCCGUGACAAAGUCCAUGAUGUUUAUUUAGGUUCGCCGUCAUCGAAAACGAUGAGGAGGACUAUUAUAUAUAGAUAUUACAGCAAUUUUCACUAGACAUAGACAGACUCAUACCAUACGCAAAAAGACGUUAUCCUGUGACGAAUGUGGUUAUCAAUUUUACGAUAAAUAUUCUCUAACUAUUCAUAUGAGGGUUCAUACAGGCGAAAAACCCUACGGCUGCGAAAUAUGCGGAAAAAUAUACAAGCAAAUAUAGUUUAAUCAGUCAUGGUGGAACUAUGACCUGUUUGUUCAAAAGUUGAAAGUCUAUUUAAUUGAUAAGGCAUUCUUUACGGUUAGGGAAUUCUGCAGUAAAUUUAACAUUAAAUAAUUUCAUAAAUUGACAUUUGUGAUGUAUGUAUAAGUUGUAAUGAUUGUUUUUUUUUUAAGUGAAAACUUCUUGUUAUAAACCAUAUUUAAAACUAACCAAAGUCAAUUCUAUUUUCAAAUUGGUUUCAGUUGCAAACCAAACAGUAAUCGCGAAACAAGAUCCACUGCAAAAGCGCGAAGUUCAACACAAGUCCAUCUCUGACCAGCACCGAUCACCAGCCAAUCAGAGACGAAAGGCUGUAGCGGGUACUCCGCAAGAC